AGGGCAUUUGCCUCUUGGCCUGACAAAGCAAACACUGUUUAAAUUGUUUCUUAGUCAGCGUCUCUUAUUUUCAGUGUUAGUCGCACUGAAAACAAAGGCUUCUGAAUACUGUGUGACUAUAGUUAUAACAAAGAAUGUGAAAACAGGAAGCACCGUGGAAAUAUAGAAGGUCAUAUUUUGUUUUGCAUCUAACUGACAUUAUUAUUGAUGAUUGUUAACAACAAAUCUGAUAUAGUGAGGUAAUUAUAUGUUUAAAUAGGCAUUCAUCUUUGAUUUGAGCAGAGUGGGGGACCCCAGUGGAAUGUGAAGUUGACAUUGUGGACAGUGUUGACUUACUCCUCCAAACAAAUGACAACAGCCUACACCUAUAAGAGACUCACUGUGACAGGGGGGGGCUUUCAUUCAAACUGAAGAAGGGAGUAUCUUGGGUCUUCUCUGCUGGAGGUGUAACAGAGGAAACACUAAGAACUUUGUAGUUUUAUGUCCACAUCAAGCUAUGACAUGGAUGAAGUUAAGAGGUAAAUCACUGACCUAAACGUAGAUGUAGAAAAAUGUGAUGUGCAUUUGAUACUAAUUAUGUUCGACUGAUUUAAUUCUAUAAUUUAGUGUUUGUGUGUCUACUUAACAUAGUACAUACUAAGGUUCACUGCUUCUUAUUACAUUCCAGAUACAUUCUUCUGUACUCAUUCUACUGCUUGUACAUGAUCCCACAAUGUAUCUCCACUGGACUCCACUCUCAAACUGUGAGAUUUUCAUCUCAAGUUGGUAUUCAUAUGGAGCAGCAGGCCAUGUGCCCUCGGAUCAGCUUUGGGGAAGAGAGUUUCCCAGGAUUCUAUAUAAUGUCCCAGUUCCAUAUUGCUGAGCUAGCAAGAAGGGGCACUGUGAAAAAGAUUGCAGGAUCAUCUUCUCAGCAUGUUGCGUAUGAAAUUGGCCCAGCAUUCAACUUCAGAAUUAACACAAGAUCAGCAUAUCCCUUGGGACUGCCACAGGAGUUUGCCUUUGUGACCGUGCUGCGCAUGAGUGGUAGCACCAUAAAUAAAAACUGGAAUAUCUGGCAGAUGCAGGAUGCGAAUGGAGACGAGCAGAUGUCAGUCAGACUCAAGGGGGAGUCUGAGUCUCUGGAGUUCUCCUUCAGAGGUCUGGACACCGUGACUCAGACUGUCAUGUUCAGUCCCCUGCCUUUCCUUUUCAAUCAUCAGUGGCACACUGUCUUGUUGGAUGUCAGGAGGAUGUCGGUGACUCUUUUUGUGGAUUGUGUCAUGAUCGGUUCCCACAAAGUACCACUCCGACAAAAAGUCAGUCUGGAUGGUUUUACACUGAUAGGAAAACUCAAGGAUAAUCCAGUCAUGGCAGUUCCGUUUGAACUACAAUCAAUGCUGAUUCACUGCGAUGUCACCCGUGCAAGAACAGAAGCAUGCCAUGAUCUCCCAGCCACAACAUCGACUGACGUUACCGAGGUGCAGAGGAGCCAAGGAACUCCUGGCCCUCCUGGACCUGCUGGUGUCCCAGGAAUUGAUGGCAUUGAUGGGGAAAGGGGAGAAGAUGGUGUGGAGGGUCCUCCUGGACCUGAUGGAGAUGCAGGUAAACCCGGCUCUACAGGGUUACCUGGAAUUCCUGGAAAUGAUGGUUUAACUGGCCCCAUUGGAGAUCCUGGUCCCGAUGGCCCUCCCGGACAGAAAGGUGAACCUGGGAAAGCUGGACCUCGUGGAACAGCUGGUGUUGGGCCAGAUGGACCCCCCGGACCACCUGGGCCUGGAGGACUAGCAGGUGAAGUAGGAAAAGGUGGACCACCUGGGGCCAUGGGUGUGAGGGGGCCACAGGGACCUCGUGGACCAACAGGGCCCAGAGGGGCAGCUGGAAUGCUUGGCAGCGCUGACCUGUGUCCAAACUCCUGUCCACCUGGAACUCCUGGACAUCCUGGUCUUCCUGGUAUGAAGGGCCACAAAGGUGUAAAAGGUGAACAAGGAGAACCUGGAAAACAAGGGCACAAGGGUGAGGAAGGAGACCAGGGAGUUCUAGGAGAAGUCGGAGCCCAAGGACCAACGGGUCCUCAGGGAAUUCGUGGAGCCACAGGAAUGAUGGGCCCCAAGGGAGAGAUGGGUGCUCGAGGUCUUGAUGGAGAUCCAGGUCCCCAGGGUGUUGCAGGAGCAACUGGAGAUCAAGGCCAGAGAGGUGUAAUGGGUGAGGCUGGGCCUAAAGGUGAAAUGGGUAGUCAAGGUCCAAGGGGAAUAACAGGACUUCCCGGUCCUAAGGGAGAAGCGGGUUUACCAGGUGUGGAUGGUCGUGAAGGUAUUCCUGGGAUGCCAGGAGCAAAGGGAAGCAUUGGGAAGGCAGGAGUUCCUGGAGAGGUUGGCCUUCAGGGACUUCCUGGGCUGCCUGGUGUGCCUGGACCAAAAGGGUUGAGUGGCCCGAAGGGAGAUGCUGGUCAACCAGGGCUUCCUGGAACGAUGGGCUCUGCAGGAAAACCAGGAGAGCGUGGAGAACAGGGUGAGGUGGGACCUGUUGGACCCAUUGGUGAACCUGGAGAUGUUGGAGAACAAGGACCCACAGGACCAGCCGGCAAGCCAGGUGCCAGGGGACCUAAAGGUGACCCCGGCCUUCCUGGUCUUCCUGGUCCCCCUGGUCUGCCUGGUGUGAAAGGAGAGAGGGGAGAACGUGGCGAAGCAGGACCCAAGGGAGAGCAGGGCAUACAAGGUGAUGAGGGAAAUCCUGGAGAAAAAGGGGAUGUUGGUGAAGCAGGAGAACCAGGAGUGAAAGGAGAGGUUGGCAACCCUGGUGAGGUGGGCCGAAGAGGUCCAGAGGGAAGUCGAGGUCAGCCCGGUAUCGAGGGACCGCCCGGCUCACCUGGACCACGAGGGAUGCAGGGAAACAGAGGUCCACCUGGAAGCAGAGGGUCCCAGGGUCCUGCGGGUAAAGAGCCAAGUGAUCAGCACAUCAAACAAGUUUGCAUGCGAGUCAUGCAAGAACAGUUGGCUCAGUUAGCUGCUAGUUUAAGGAGGCCUGAGUCUGGCGUGGCCGGUUUACCUGGCAAACCUGGACCACCUGGGCCUCCUGGGCCUCCGGGAGACAAUGGCUUCCCUGGGCAGGCUGGAUCAAGAGGCCUUCCAGGACUCAAAGGGCCACCGGGACAAUUGGGACUGAAAGGACCCAAAGGUGAAAUGGGUGACAGAGGUUCCAGAGGCCCCACUGUACGAGGACCAAAGGGUCAGCCAGGACCUCCUGGACUUCCUGGUGAGCCUGGCAAACCAGGUUACGGUCAGGAUGGACGGGACGGACAAAGAGGACCUCCUGGAGUUCCUGGACAGCCCGGUGUCCCUGGACCACCUGGUUCAGCUGGUCCUAAUGGUUACUGUGACCCAUCAGCCUGCAACCUGCCAUCAGGGGCUGCCCAACAGUCUCUGGAUGUGAAGGGACCUGCAGGAAAUUAAGAGCCACUCUGGCAUAGAGACAGAAAAACUGUUGGAUUGUCUCCCCCAAGCACACAACAUUUUUCACACUUUGUCCUCAGGAGCUGUGGUUUGUGGUGCUUUCCAUCCAUUAACCUCUAGUCUUGUGAGCAUGUUCUGUGCCAUUCACGUCUCCAUCAGAGGACGCCAGCCUCUUCAAGUUGUAAAACACAAAACAUUCUUUUUUUUCCAUGUGCUGCAAAAAUCAUUCACUUUCUGGUGUUAUUUUUUUUUUUUUUUACACGGAAAUGUUUUUGAUAAUCUCAGAAAGGUGUACUCAUGCUUCUGAAAAGGAAUGAAAUGACUGGAAACAUUUGUGUAUCUCACUCUCCCUGGACCUCCGCUUACAUUUUCUUUUUGUAUGUUCUCCAUUUACCCUGUUCUCCCCGAUGAAAGCUCACAGAUUGCAUUUCAUAUAAUAACCCAAAGCAGAUCAGGGUUUAAAUGUAUGGUCUUAGUGCCUUUCCAAUGAGUUUGUGCCGUGUGUGUGUUUGUGUACGUACGUAUAAACCUGCUGAAAAACACACAAACAGAUUUCUGCAUGUCCGACUGCCUUUUCAGCUCUGCAGCUCAAAAUAAAAAGGAGAGAGGAAGUAAUUUUCAUUAAAGUCACACUGACUUGAGCGUAUGAUGUAAAUCUGUAAAUUGUUUGAAUUGUGGUUAAUUAUAUUUCCUAUAAAAUGACCUGAUGUGAGAUUUUGUCUCAUUUUACAGAAGAAUAUAGUUAAUAUAGUUUGACAUGACAUGACAGACGACACAUACAAACUGUUAUUUAUUUCACAAAUAAAAUAAACCAAAG